AUGCCAUUCGACUUUCUGUGUUGUGUUAGGCCUGGAGUAGAAGACGUCGUGGAAUUGGAUUAUUCUCACCAGUCUUUAACAGAUGUUCCAACAGAUGUGUUCGUGUAUGAAAGAACUCUGGAAACUCUAUAUUGCCAAAGUAAUCGAAUAACCGAGUUACCCCGCCAGCUUUUUAUGUGCCAUGGGUUGAAAUAUUUAGAUCUUUGUGACAAUGAGUUACAGACAAUUCCUACAGCGAUAUCUUCUUUAGUGAAUUUACUACAUUUAAAUAUCAGCAGAAACUCUCUAGCAUCAAUCCCCGAUAGCAUGAAAGCAUUGAAAUAUUUAAUGUUUUUAGAUCUUAGUGUUAAUCCCUUGGAAAAGCUUCCUGAUGCCAUAACAAAUCUUAUAGCCUUGAAAGAAUUGUAUCUAAAUGACACAUAUCUAGAAUAUCUUCCAGGAAAUUUUGGCCGAUUAGCAAAUCUUAACAUACUUGAAUUAAGAGACAAUUAUCUUAUGAUUUUACCAAAAUCUCUGUCUCGUUCUACGGAGCUUUUACGAUUAGAUAUAGGUCAAAAUGAGUUUCAACAGUUUCCGGAGGUAAUUGGAAGAUUUCUAAAGUUAAAGGAGCUAUGGAUUGACAGUAACAGUUUUACCAAUAUACCAGCUGUUAUUAAGCCUUUAGAGAAUUUAAUUCACUUAGAAGCUAGUAAUAAUAUGAUAGAAGAGCUAGCACCUGAAAUUGGAUACUGCACACAGUUAGUAGAUUUAAGUUUGUCCAUUAAUAGUUUAACACAACUACCUGAUAGUAUUGGGCAACUAUGUAAUUUGACAUCAUUGAAAUUAGAUAACAAUAGAUUGUAUUCUUUGCCAGAUAGUAUCGGACAAUUAAAAAAUUUAGAAGAAUUAAUGCUUAUGUGUAAUUAUUUAGACAAAAUACCAUCGUCAAUUGGCCUUUUAAGAAAGCUGCAAUAUCUUAAUAUUGAUGACAAUAUGUUAAAAACAAUUCCUCCAGAAAUUGGAAGUUGUACAAAACUCUCCGUGUUAUCACUUCGUGCAAAUAAAUUAACGAAAAUUCCUCCAGAAAUUGGCCAUUUGUCUUCAUUAAGAGUCCUAAAUUUAGUAAGAAAUUCUCUAAAUUGUCUUCCUCAGUCCUUAUUAAAUUGUGAUAAUUUAGUAGCUCUUUGGCUCUCUGAAAAUCAAAGCAAACCUUUAGUGCCUAUGCAUUCAGAAGUAGAUCCUCAUACUUAUGAACAAGUCCUUACUUGUUUUCUAUUCCCCCAAGUGCCUUUAACACCUAUUGAAAUAAAAAAUAAACAUGAAAAGACAGAUAAUACAGAGGCACAGUCUACUGCCCGUCAUAUUAGUUUUGUAGAUAUGAAGACUACAGCCAAGGUCCCUGAAAAACCAGGACAAUUGCGCAGAGCUCCUACCCCAUAUCCUAAGGAGUUAAGAGCCAUGGCGAAACAUGUGAGAAAUAUUCAUAAAGAUGGAACUCAAGAUAUAUCACCACCUAUGCAGAAUUCUGUUCAUAUAAAAGCAGCAAAAAUAACUCCUACUUUACAGCAGAGAUUUGCAUCAGAUAACAAAAAAGAGUCAGAUGAUACUAAUGCAGAAAAUGAUGGAACUAUUCAAGAUCCUUUAAAAAUGGCAGUUUAUGACAACAUUCCCCCUGAGAAUGCUUAUGAUAAACCGUUGGACCUAACAUAUGAACAAGAUAAAACUUAUAAAAGUGUAGAUCAUUCACUAUAUGUUGAAAAUAAUGGUGCCACAAAUAAUGAAUAUAAAAGUGAAAAUAUGGAACCAUAUAUUGACCUACAAAAACAUUACAACAUUAAACACAAUGAAAGAUAUCAAAGACAUAAUAUAGAGAAAUCAAAUGCUUAUGCAAGUCAUUUAGACCCAAAAAAUUAUCAUCAAGUAAAUGAAAUUAGGUAUAGAAAUAAUACAGAUGAAGCUCAAAAUCAUUUACAAAGACUUAGUCUCAGUUCCCAAGACAGAAUUAUAAAUGAAGAAAAUGUGAUGACACCUCAUUAUAAUGAAAGUCCUUAUAACUCACGAACAGUGGCUGAAAAUGUUCCUGCAUUUGAGCCUUCAUAUAAUAUAAAAGAUCAUGCUAAGUGCCACAAUGUUACAGCAAACAAUUAUCACGACAACAUUUAUGAUCGUGAUUUUUCUUACGGCAAGGAAAAAAAUUAUGGUCAACAUAAUUAUAAUGUUUAUGGUCACCACAGCCACGGGGGUCAUGAUCUGUCAAAUACCGGAGUGCAUACUGUAAGUCAAGUAGUAAGUUCUACAACAAUGCCCAAUUUAAGUAAUUAUAACAAUAUGUUUGUUCCACCUAUGGGUGAUGGUCAUCAUUUCUCUAGACCAUUACAUCAAACACAAACUCCAAAUGCCAAUGUAUAUGGGAUUUCAACAUCGAGCCCUACAUACAUCUCAUCUCAGUCACCAGAGUUAUACUCCCCUACAGGCCAUACAAAUGCAACAAAUCCAUACAGAAUGACCAAUACACCUUUAGUUACUGAUGAUGGCAGCUUUAGUCUUGUACAGUGUUCUGCAAGUCAGAACAUGUAUGAUUUAUAUGAUGCUAUACCAGCUUCAUCUCAUUCACCUAGUGUAGUUAGUCAUCGUCAGAGUCCAAGUUGUGUAUCUGAAACAGUAUAUAUGAGAGGACAACCACCACCAUAUCAUAUUGCAGCACCUUACACUAAACAUGCCCAAUAUUUCAACGGCACUGGUGGAUAG